AUGGCCAUGGCCAGCCCUGCCUCCCACAAACCGCGGCGCAAGGCCAAGACAAACGGCGACGACCUCGAUCUUCGGCCGCGCGCGGAAGCUCCCGCCAAAGCGCCCUUGUUCCCGCUGGCAGCCUUUCUCUGGCCUCUGCGCACCGCAUCGUCGCAAUGGACUGUCCUGCCCCUCAUACUCAUGGUCGCUGGACUGUUCCGCUGGGCAGCAGGAGUCUGGGGCUACUCCGGCUUCGAGCGACCCCCGAUGUUUGGCGAUUACGAGGCGCAGCGACACUGGAUGGAGAUCACCACCCACCUUCCCAUCUCUCAAUGGUACUUUCACGAUCUCGAGUGGUGGGGGCUCGACUACCCGCCCCUGACAGCCUACCACAGCUGGCUCCUCGGCAAGAUUGGCGCAUUGUUUGAUCCCGCGUGGUUCGCGCUCUUCACGUCACGCGGGUCCCAAGACGCCAACCUCAAGGUCUUCAUGCGCGCGUCUGUCGUCGUCUCCGAGUACCUGACCUACAUCCCGGCCGUCGUCGUCUUCGUCCGCCGCUUCAGCAGGCUGAGCGGCGUCCCGACCUGGGCCAGCAACAUUGCGCUCGUCGCCAUCCUGAUGCAGCCCGGCACCAUCCUCAUCGACCACAUCCACUUCCAGUACAAUACCGUCAUGCUGGGGCUCGUGCUCGCCAGCAUGUCGAGCCUCCUCGCCGAGCGAUACCGGUGGGCUGCCGUCUUUUUCGUCGGCGCAUUGGGUUUUAAACAGAUGGCGCUCUACUACGCCUUCAGCGUCUUUGCAUAUCUUCUCGGACGCUGCGUAAAGCCUCAGAUUAGCAUUGGAAGGCUCGUUGGAAUUGCCCUCGUUACUGUCAUUUCGUUCGCCGCCCUGGUGCUUCCCAUCGUCGCCGGCGCCCUGUAUGACGCCCAUCGUGGCAUCUCCUCGCGCGCCGAACUUGGAGGUCCCCCGCCGCCGCUGCCAAUCCUCUCAUUCCUCUCAGACUAUCUCGACACAGAAGCACUUUACUACCCCGUGGUGGAGCAGCUGGUGCAAAUGGUUCACCGCGUAUUCCCCUUUGCUCGCGGUCUGUUUGAAGACAAGGUCGCCAACUUCUGGUGCGCUGCCAAUGUCGUCAUCAAGCUGCGCAACUAUCCUACCGACCUACUGCAAAAAGCUUCUCUCGUCUUGACGCUGCUCGCCAUCAUCCCACCGAACAUGGUCCUGUUCAUCAAGCCACUAAAGUCUACCAUGCCGCUAGCAUUUGCCACGACUGCCUGGGGUUUCUUCCUCUUCAGCUACCAGGUCCAUGAAAAGAGCGUUCUACUUCCAUUGAUGCCCAUGACGAUGCUCCUUGCCGGCAAGCAAGGCCUGAAUGGCAACGUGCGCUCCUGGGUCGGGUUCGCCAACAUACUCGGCGCCUGGACCAUGUUCCCCCUAUUGCAGCGGGUCGACCUGACCGUCCCCUAUGCAGUGCUCACCCUUCUUUGGGCAUACUUGCUUGGCCUCCCUCCCGUGUCCUGGACGGCGCCGCUUCAAGACGCCCACGUCAAGCCUCUGAUGCAAUAUGCCACACUGGCGCUGCAUUCCGGAUUUUACGUCUUGAUGGUCGCGUGGCACAUUGCCCAGGCGCUCAUACCACCACCGCCGAGCAAACCCGAUCUAUGGGUAGUGGCUAACGUUGGCAUCGGUGCCGCUGGCUUCAUGAUAUGCUACGCCUGGUGCUUCUGCAGACUGAUUGUCGAGAGCGACAUACUGCCUAGCGCGUCCAAGACAAGCAGGGCUAGAAAGACACAAUGA